AUGCCCGACGACUCAGGUCGUCCAGCUGGGCUGGAAACCGUCGAAGAUGGCUACGGCACGGCACCUUUAGAUGGCAACCGCUCUCGACGACCGCCGUUAAGAUCGCAGAAUAGGCCUGGAGGUCUAGCGAGAAACUACUCUCACAACCCGUUCCAGCAUGCGCAACGGUAUAACGGCGAAACAAUGGCGCAGAUGAUAUCUUUAGCGAGAAUCGAGUCACGGAGGCGCGGCAAGAUAGGUAUCCGGGACCGGAUCUGCUGUUAUCAAUGGACCUGGUUCACGAUGACCAUGGCAACGGGCGGCGUAGCCAAUGUAUUGUAUUCCAUAUCGAAUACCUACAAACUGAAAUGGCUGGAAGACAUAGGUGUCGCGUUCUUCCUUCUGAACCUGGUGCUGUUUAUCAUGAACUGCGUCCUCAUAACAAUGAGAUUCGUAAUGGUGCCCGGGAGUUUCAUGCACUCUUUCCUCGACGACGUUGAGUCCCUGUUUAUCCCUUCAGUGGUUGUAUCGAUCGCGAUAAUCAUGACCAACAUCACUCAAUACGGAUGUCCCCAUACAGGGCCAUGGUUGCAGAAAGUCAUGGAGGUUCUGUUCUGGGUGUACCUCGCCAUCAGCGUAAUCGCAAGUACCGGCAUGUAUCUGGUCUUGUGGUCGACCCAGACCUUUCCUAUUCAAACAAUGACGCCUUCAUGGGUCUUUCCCGCGUAUCCCUUGCUGUUGAACGCUACUUUCGCCACCAACCUGAUCUCCACCGAUCGAGUAGGCCCAGGCGACCCCAGGAGCAACAGACUGGCAGUAGCCACCACCGCCCUCACGACCCAAGGCACCGGCUUUCUCAUCAGCUUCAUGAUAUGCGCUGCCUUCAUCUAUAGGCUGAUGACUCAGAAAUUGCCUCGAGACACGCAACGCCCCGGUGUGUUCAUUUCCAUCGGACCGCCGGCGUUCACCGUUGCGGGUUUAGUGCUUCUAGGACAGCAGGCGAACGACAUUCUCCCGCCCGACUACCCCGACAAAUCACAAGCAGUCUUCGUCCUGGAACUCCUUUCCACCCUCAUCGGGCUUUGGCUUUGGGGGCUCAGCGUAUGGUUCUUCGUUGUUUCAGUGGGCUCGUUGUGGAAAUACACGCGAAACGGUCAUUCGAUGCCCUUUCAGAUGACGUGGUGGAGCUUCGUAUUCCCCAACACCGCCCUCGUGAACGCCACGCUGGCCUUAGCGAAGGCGCUGGGAAGUAACGGACUCCAGAUUUAUGGGUGUGUGAUGGCGGCGGCUCUAGUCCUGGUAUGGAUCAUCGUUUUCGUGAUGAUGCUGUGGAGUCUUUGGAGUAGGCAAUUGCUGUGGCCCAAAGAACUCGACAAGGAGGGUUAA